GGAAAGUGCAGUCAAUAGGGCUAAAAGACGAUUGCUAAUGACAUUCUGGUGACUGCAAUGGAUUCUUGUUCCCGCUUUUACCGCUGAUGUUAUAUUUCUUCGCGCGGCUUGUUGGUACAUAGAGUCAUGCAUACAGUACAAAAGAUGAUAAGACACAAGAGAGAGGGAGAGAGGAAUUGGCAUUGGUUGGCCUUUUGUGCUUUUGUCCAACCCCCAGUGAGAAAAGCAGCAGAGAACACAAAAAGAAAACAGUAGUUAGCAACUACCACUUAUAAGACCUACCAUAAACCCCCCACUCAAGACUCCAAAACACACUCCCCACUACUUUUCACACAAACAUUUCUCUUUUCUUUUGCUUCUGUUCGCAUUCAGUCUACUGCUGAAGAGGUUUCAUGGAGGAUCAAAGAAGUCUUCUUAGUUGGGCUUACUUCUGCCAAGGAAAGACAAUGGAAGAACUAAGGCAUUCACUUGUGUAUACUACUCUGGAGCUUGAGCAAACAAGGCUUGCAGUUCAAGAGGAGCUAAGAAAGAGAGAUGACCAGUUGAUUCAUCUCAAAGAUCUGCUUACCAAAGCUAUUAAAGAAAAGGAGGAGACCCAAGAAAAAUUCCAAAGACUGCUCCUUGAGAAACUCUUGAUUCAACAACAGCAAUUGCAACAGCAACAGCAACAGCAACUACAACUGCAGCAGCAGCAACAAGCAGCAGCUCCUCUCUCUGGAGUUUCGAGCAUUGAAGAUGAACCCAGAAGAGGAAUUGACUCCAGUAAUGGCUUCUCAUCAUCAGAUUGUGAAGAAAGCAUAGUCUCAUCCCCUGUUUUUGACCCAAUUCCACAAACCCAUUUGACUCAACCACCGCCACCAUCUUUGCCUGAGACAGACAUAGAGUUGGUGCCUGAUAAGCCAUUACCUGAAAAAGGAAAGCUUUUACAGGCAGUGAUGAAAGCUGGUCCACUCCUCCAGAACCUCCUCCUGGCAGGACCACUUCCUCAAUGGAGGCACCCACCUCCACCACUAGAGUCCUUUGAGAUCCCACCUGUGACCAUCCCUUCACCACCACCAGGUCCACAGCUCCUUCACCAAGAGUCUUUAAUCAGCAUUAAUGCUUGCAACACCAUAAACCAAUGCGGUAAAGUGAAGAGGAAAAGGGUUCUCUGCGAUGGCUCUGAUUCACCUGCAGAGACCAAGUACCAGAGGAUUCUUCUUCACUGACCCUCAUCUACUAAAGUUAAUCAACACGAAUUUUACAUCUUACAAAUUAUCUUAUUUUUAAUCCUACUAAAACUUACUGUUAGUGAAGAUUGAAAUUCCAAGUUGGGUAUGUGACUGAUUUAAGCAUUUGUACAGAGGCUGCCUGUUUUAGAGAAGAAGCUUAUCUUAUCCCAAGUUGACUCAAGUAGAGGAGAGGGUUAAGGCUUGUUAUUCUUGAUUUCUACCAUUUGUUUAGGGUAGAGAUCUUGACAAAUUUUAGUUUUCAUUGCUCCUUGAUGUAAAAGGGAGCCUUUCUUUUGUUUCUCCAAAUUUGCUUUGGCAUGUAAAAUGUAACUUGGAUGUUUUUAGUUUAGCAAGUGUGUACGUUUGUUUUAGAAAUUGAGAGAAGUGAUCACAUCAAACAUUAAAGUGAUAGGUGUGGAGUUGUUGGGAUUGGAAGACGGGGUAUGGCCAACCACCAUGAGGUCCAAUGCCAUAGCUUGUCGGGUUGAGUGGAUCCAAUCAGGAUCUACCACUGGUGUGAUUUAUGAUUAUCUGAGUCGAGUCUUUUCUUGAGGGAAAUAUAAUUAUUGAAUUCUAGUC